AUUUACAAUGCAAAACACACCAAUCCACCUUGUGCGAGUUGACUCAAGUUCUGUACAAGUAGUUGACGGUCGCCGUGACGUCAGCUCUGAGUGGGACAUCGUUAGUACCUACACACUUUCUGAGUUUGUCUCCAUCCCACGAAACAUCACUUAUGAGAUGGUUGGGAUGUGUUUCAAGCUCCGUAGACUGCCAAGGUACUACAUUGAUAAUGUGACGUCACCAAUAGCUAUCCUCAGCUGGUUGUCGAUUAUCAUUUUCAUCAUUCCCGCCAAAAGUGGAGAGCGCCUCUCGGCCGCCAUCUCUCUUGUCCUUGGUCUGACGGUGUUCCAGAUCGUCGUUACAGACAACCUGCCCAAGAACUCUAGAGGAGACGCUGCCGUGGUCACUGAAUAUGUGAGCGAUUGUUUUAUCAUCACCAUAGUCGUCACCAUUAUGUCCGCCAUUGUUAUCAACCUCAGUCACCGGGAAGGCGAGAUCAACAACAAGUUCAUCCGCAGUGUCUUCUUCAACCACCUUGGACCAUGGUGUUUUGUGGGUGGGGGAAGGUGUGGCGGGAAGAAGGCCCAGGGUUCGAAUCCCAAUGAGAGCCGCAAAGCUGGAGGUCUGGAGAUGAAGGAUAGUGCAGCACAAACACGAUCGUCCGAUGGUCACACUUUGUCACAGCUUGAUGUUUGGGUGAAAAGACAGUCAACGAAUCGAUUCGACGAACAAGACAAAACUGAGUCGCCCAAGAUACAUGAUUUCGAACUACUUGCCCGCAUCAUGGAUCGCCUCUUCUUGUUUGCAACACUGGUCUCACUGACCGCCAUCACUGUCAAAUUCUUGAUGGAAAUGUAA